GCGGGCGGCGGGUCUGUCUGUCCGUCUGCCGGUGCCGGCUGCGGGGCGGAGGGGCCGCGGUGACGGAAGGCGGCAGCUGCGGCGGGCGGGCGGACAGACGGACGGGCAGGCGGCGGCGGGGCUGGCUCCCCCUUCCCCGGCCAGAGGAAGAUGGAGCUCGGUUAGCGAGGGCUGCGGGAGGAGCAGCGGGGGCAGGCACAUGAUACUACAGAGCUUCAAAAAAUCAGAAGUAAAAUCAGCUGGACAGUUGCCUCCUGCCUUCCUAAAUAGGGACAAAGUGGGUUUACUGGUGUGGAUGCCUGCCUCAUUGCUUCACCAAAAUGAGAUAGGGCAUGCAGGAGAGAAGGGAGAUUGUUGCAAGUAGAACCCACCAUGAACUACUUCAGGCUGCACGCAUGAAACAAAAACCAUGGAAGUGAGCACACACUUGAGAUGUUGUGGGGAGAUGCUGGUCCAGGUUCCACAGAACAUCAUCAGAGAAGGCUCUCAGUGCUGUGCGGCUGGUCCCAAGCUGCUGGAGAGAUUGUAGGAGCUAUUUCAGUCCUGUGUCAGAAGUGGAGGUGGAAAAUGGGAUCCCUUUGGAGUUCAGGAUGAGGAUUGCAUGACAGUCUCGGGAGAGAAUUGAGAUUUCUCAGGGGACAAAAUUUUGCUUAUUCAUACCUUCUACUGUGGCAAAAAUGGAUUCUUUUCCUCAGCAAAAGCCAGCAGCAUAACACCCAUCUGACACAUGCUCAAGGAACUCUUCUUUAAAGUCUGUUUUUAUUUCUCUGUAGCUGUGGUACAAGCAAGAGCCAACGAAUAUCAUCUGCAACCAGUAGGAGAUCUCCAUGCUAGUCCUUACCCUUGGCACAUGCUGAAGUUGCAACUCAGCCUGUGAGGAGGAAUUAACAGGAAAAAUCUAAUUCAUGUUCAAAGAUGGAUGCCUUCUAGCCAAGCUGCGAGUCCUGCUGCUGCUGCAUGUCUGGCAGCAUCUCUGAAUGAUCUCAUGACUCUUGAUAUGGAUGCAGUCCUGUCAGACUUUGUUCGGUCCACGGGGGCAGAACCGGGUCUGGCAAGAGACUUACUGGAAGGCAAAAAUUGGGACUUGACAGCAGCUUUGAGUGACUAUGAGCAGCUCCGGCAGGUACACACCGCCAACCUGCCACAGGUCUUCAACGAGGGCAAAUACUACAAGCAGCAGGAGCCAGAGCAGCCUCCCCAGGUGACAAAGGCUGAGCGGCCCUGCCUGCAAAGGCAGGAUGACAUUGCUCAAGAAAAGCGUCUUUCCAGAGGUAUUUCUCACGCCAGCUCUGCCAUAGUCUCCCUUGCUCGAUCACAUGUAGCAAACGAGUGCAGCAAUGAGCAGUUCCCUUUGGAGAUGCCCAUUUACACAUUCCAGCUACCAGACCUCAGCGUGUACAGCGAAGAUUUCCGAAGCUUCAUUGAACGUGACUUAAUUGAGCAGGCAACAAUGGUUGCUUUGGAGCAAGCAGGACGACUAAAUUGGUGGUCCACAGUCUGCACAAGCUGCAAACGUCUUCUUCCAUUGGCUACAACAGGUGAUGGAAACUGCCUCUUGCAUGCUGCAUCUUUAGGGAUGUGGGGAUUCCAUGACCGGGACCUUGUUUUACGUAAAGCACUCUAUACCAUGAUGAGAAGCGGAGCUGAAAGGGAAGCACUGAAACGCAGAUGGAGAUGGCAACAGACCCAGCAGAAUAAGGAGUCAGGUUUAGUGUAUACAGAAGAGGAAUGGGAACGGGAGUGGAAUGAACUGCUUAAACUGGCGUCGAGUGAGCCGCGUACACAUUUCAGCAAAAAUGGAGGCACUGGUGGUGGAGUCGAUAAUUCAGAAGAUCCAGUGUAUGAAAGCUUAGAAGAGUUCCAUGUUUUUGUCUUAGCCCAUAUUUUGAGAAGACCAAUUGUUGUAGUAGCAGACACCAUGUUACGAGACUCAGGGGGAGAAGCGUUUGCACCUAUACCCUUUGGAGGAAUUUAUUUGCCACUUGAAGUUCUACCUAACAGAUGCCAUUGCUCACCUCUUGUGCUUGCCUAUGAUCAGGCCCAUUUCUCUGCUCUUGUUUCCAUGGAACAAAAAGAUCAACAGAGAGAACAAGCGGUGAUCCCCCUGACUGACUCUGAACACAAGUUACUGCCUUUGCACUUUGCGGUCGAUCCCGGGAAAGACUGGGAGUGGGGAAAAGAUGACAAUGAUAACACCAGGCUGGCCAAUUUGAUUCUGUCUCUUGAGGCAAAACUUAAUCUUCUACACAGCUAUAUGAAUGUAACAUGGAUACGAAUACCAUCCGAGACACGGCAGGCCCCUUUGGCUCAACCAGAAUCCCCUACAGCUUCAGCCGGGGAAGACGUUCAGUCUCUGGCUGACUCAAUGGACUCGGACCGAGAUUCCAUCUGCAGUAAUUCCAACGGCAAUAAUGGCAAAAACAGUAAAGAAAAAGAAAAGGACAAACAGAGGAAAGAUAAAGACAAAAACAGGACGGAUUCGGUUGCCAAUAAAAUAGGAAGCCUCAGUAAAACCCUGGGGAUUAAACUGAAAAAGAAUAUGGGUGGCCUCGGAGGCCUGGUGCAUGGCAAAAUGAGCAGAGCCAAUUCAGGGAAUGGAAAAAAUGGUGAUGCGGUAGAGAAAGUCAAAGAGAAGAAGUCUAAGUCUCGAAAAGGCAGCAAAGAGGAAUCUGGACAGUCUGCGAGCACUUCUCCAUCUGAGAAGACCACUCCAUCCCCGACUGACAGAGCUAGCAACUCACCCGUUGAAAAGAUGAACACUAAGUCCUUCUCUGACAAGCAGUCUGACCCAUGGAAGUACAGCACUGACGUGAAACUCAGCCUAAAUAUUUUGAGAGCUGCCAUGCAGGGUGAACGAAAGUUUAUUUUUGCUGGCCUUCUUUUGACCAGUCACAGGCAUCAGUUCCAUGAGGAGAUGAUAGGCUAUUACCUGACCAGCGCGCAGGAGCGCUUCAACGCAGAGCAGGAACAGAAAAGAAAGGAUGCCGAGAAAAAGGCUGCACAGAAUGGGUCAUCUAAUAGGAAACUGGAGCCAGAAGCAUAUUCAAAAGAAAAAUUAGAAACAUCUCCUCAGGAUAGGGCAUCACCCGUCUUGCCUCAAAGCCAUACAACUCAACUGGUUUUAAAAUUUAAGGAUCGCACUAGUCCCACUCCUGGGUCAUUUUCUUCACCUACUAAUGGUGCUAAGAAAAGCGGACCCAUUCCGGUAUCUGCCCACUAUAGCCAUACGCCACCCGUUCAAAGGCAAAGUGUCAUCCAUUUGCAUGAUGUCAACUCCAAGCCAUCGAGCUUCCAAGAUGAUACCUACAAGCCAGUGGUUGGCACCUUAAAAACCUGUGCCACCUAUCCCCAACAAAACAGAUCACUGUCUUCUCAAAGCUAUAGCCCAGCCCGGAUAUCCGGCAUCCGUACCGUGAACACAGUGGAAUCGCUCAGCUAUGCCAUGCCUACAGAACACAAGUCUCAGACAUACACAAAUGGAUUCAAUACUGGUGAUAUCAGAGACUGCUUAGAAUAUGCUGAUGAGGAUGCUCCUCAGACCUGGUUGAACAAUGAUAAAAAUCAAGGCAGAAGCACAGUUUGCCCAAUAUAUUCCAUCCAGCAGAACCGCUGUAAGAAGGAGAACUGUUCCUUUUAUGGUCGUCCUGAGACUGAAAAUUACUGUUCAUACUGCUACAAAGAAGAGUUAAAGCGCAGGGAGAGAGAAAGCAAGGGACACAGGCAUUGAGGAUUCUUCCGUGACUACUUAGUUUUACCAUUUUCUUACUUACAAAGUAAACAGUGUUGGGUUGCAGUAAAAAAAAUUCUUAAAAAAAGAAUAAAGGAUUGAUGAGUAAAUAGUGUCUAGCUUUUCGCUUUACCGGGGCAAUGAGGAAAUAAUAGAAUUAAUUUAUCAUAAAAAAAAAUAAUAUUAUUUUCCAUUUUGUCAGUGUCUUUUUUACAUAUACUGGUAAGCUGAAGGCUUGUUUACUCCUUUGUCAGUGCUGUGUAUAUGUUUGGUCAAAAAUUUACUAAUGGUGCCUGAAUUUACACUGACAUCACUCAGGUAGUAGAAUGAUAGGGGAAAGUCAUAAUACCGGAGAUGUGGUGUUGUAGUAGGGUAGUAUCUGCCUUGUAGACAUUUGAAAUUCUAUAGCUAUUAUGAGAGUAUUUUUUCCUCAGUAAAACCUAAAUUUUUCAUAGCCUUUUUUUUCAGGAGGGUAGUGAUUUUGCAUACUGCACAUUUUUAACAUGGCAGCAUAUUGCAUUAUUACUGAUGUUUAUACUCAUUUUAGUCUGAAGUUGAAUGAUUCUGGGAAAAUGAGAGUGAAAGGUCUGAAUUCAUGAGGUCCGCAGCUCUUCCUAAUUUUAAGUUCUUACCAGUUAUUUCUACAUUUCCAUAAAAUAGUAGAUGAGCCACUUUUAUUUGUUCUGAAUUUUUAAACAGGUUUUAUAAAAAAUACAUUAUGACUGGAAAGACUUCACAUCACAAAAAAACCACCACAUAGUACAGUUUUGAGCACCUGAAUUUCACUAUUAUUUUCAUUGCUGUUAAAUUUGAGAGAAACGUUAAAAUAAAAUACAAAAAUUUUAUUAGAUUUGGAAAAUCUUAUGAGCAGCUGGGAAAUUCAGGAUCAUUUUAGAGCUGAAUGAACUGCUUGUCAAAACAAAUGCAUUGCAUCAAUUGAUUCCCUUAGCCAUUGCAUGAAUUUAAUCAUUAUUUAUUUAUUCCUUUCUCAACAUUAUCAAGUGACAGUUGUUGCAGACAUAACUACUUCUGAGCCUUUCUUGAAGGCUGCUGAUUCCACUUACUUUUGAGUCUUCUGGAGUGAGUGAUGUACCCACCAGGAGGUUCCAAGGUGGCUAUAAAAUACCUCCAGUAUGAACGGCAACUCCUAGCACAGAUUGGCGCAAGCCUGAUAUCCAAAUAUUUAUGUAACUAUUUGCAAUAGUUUUGGAAAUAAAACUUGGCUCGUAGAAACAUUUCUGAAAGCAGACAUAGCAAAUACUGUUCAAGGAGAUGUAUGACAUUAGGAAGUCUUCUUUAAUAUAGUGCUUGCUGUUUUUGCACCCCUCUGCCAUCAGCUGGCAUAACGUAGUAAGAAUAGAUCUUUAGUGUUGUUACACUUGUCAGCUAUGGCUCGUUUACUGUCUACCUGUCUUUUUUUUUUUUUUUUUUUUUUAAAAGAGCUCUUUUUCCACAAAUAGGUGAAGAAUAGCUUCCAAGACUGCUUAUCCUGCCACCUAAAGGUGCAGAAAAUGAGUUCUGCCUUACUCAUUAUGGAAUAGCACUUUUAUGGCUUGCACAGGGAAGAUUCUUUGCCAAAGAGUCUUUGCUUCCAAUUCUUUUUUGCUGUACCCCAAUUUUUACUCUUGACAUGGGUGGCACCAUUUCACUUGGGUACAGUUCAUCCUUCUUAGCCUUGAAACCAAGCGUAAAGUAGUCUGUGAAACAAGAUACACAAACUUACGCUGACGUGUACUGGCUUUCAGGAAAAGCACCUAAGUUUUUGCCAAUGCCCCACUGAAAUUUGUGGAACUGAGCCCAUACUCAAAAUCGACCGUAUGUUUGGAUUUUCUGCUGAAUGGGAGGUUUAAAGAAUAGUUUCAAAAUAAGCCUGUUGGCCACUCCUAAAAAGUCCUGGCCUUUGCCACGUUAGCUGUUCCAUGAAUCCAGACCUGUACUUCUUAUUUCUUGCCUUAUACUGAGCAUCCACUGAAUGUUACUGAAUUUGCAUUCCUUCAUUAAAGGGAAAUGCUGAGAUGUUAAUGAGAGGUUAAAACUCCGUGUGACCUCUGUCCCGAAGGUAAGCGCAUUCUAAACCCCACGUCUCCGGUCGUGUACGCUGGUCAGCAGUGUCCUUUUCUGGUUAGCUGUUGUGAUUACAUUUAAGUUCUUAUUGCCAAAGAAAUCUGUGAUUGCAGAUUACGCUAAACCAAGCCAGAUCAGCUUAAAACAAAUGAAGUAUCAUACUUGACUGUAUUUGUUGCUGAGACUGAGAAAAUGGACAGGAUAAAACUUCAUGAAAGAAAGAAAUAUUUAAGAAUUCUUAGAGCAUUAGAGUAGCAGUAGCAUUUGAUACUCUGACAGUUGCUCUGAUGUAAAAUUGUGCUUAAGAAAUAUUACAUUAGCAGCAAACUAUGCCAGACCAUGUAUUUAAGUCAGUUGUAUCCUUUCUGAAUGAGGGGAAAAAAAUAACAGCACAUACGUAAAAGUAAGCAAUUACCAUGAGAAUUUGCUGUUUCCCAUUUUGCAAAGGAGUUGUUUCUAUAGUAUGUUUUUAAGAUCUACUACUCACUAAAGAAAGAGUUUUACAGCUGGUCCAUAUUUAGACAAAUGGCUCUGUUCUAAAUUGUUGAAUAGAUUGUGCCUGUAUGUGAGAUUAUUUUAAAAAAUUAAUUGGUCUUCUGAAUAAUAAUAGGCUUGACCAUAUGGGAUAACAAACUUCAGUGUUCACUGUCAACCUCAAGUCGCUCAGAUUUGCCCCUACUGGAUUGCUCAUUUUAAAGUAUCUGUUACAUGAAAUACUGACAGAACACUUUUUAGUUGUGCCUGUUGCAUGCCUACAAGGCAAUUUGCCGGUUGAAAUCUACCCAUCUUGUCCCAGUAGUUAUCUUUUUAUCUCUAUAAGUAAUGCUGCGUGGAGUUGGUUUUUUCUAUUUCUGAGCAGUUUGUGGCAGUUGUCUAAAGGAGAUACGGUAAUUGGUAUUUAACAGUCCAGACAUACAGACACGGUGCCUCCUCCUAAAGAAGUGAUUGUUCCAUUAAAAGCAGGGUCUAGCUGUAAGAGCAAAUUUUCUACUUGUUUUUUUCAGAGAAAAUUCCCAACUGCUUAUGAGUUGCAUUCACCAGCGCUGAAAGAAGUGUCAUUCCUUAGCUAGGCAUGAGAGGGAAUAGUCUUCAAAUGUGUGUUUCUGUUGCACUAAAUGGCUAACCUUUGACGGCUCUUUUGGUUUAUUUUUCCUUCAAUUGAAAGCUUAUGUAGCCCACAGGCAAGCAAGUCCUUUUCUGUGCCUGCGCUGCCCUCCCUGUACCUUCCAGAGCUCGUUAGAAGUACCACUCAGUCCCAGCUGUGCAGAAAUCAGUUUGGGGUUUGGAGGACCUGACUCAUUUCUUCUGUUAGCUCAAGUGGCUGCAACAAACAUCUAUAUUUUUGCAUUUGUAUGUGCUUUUUUCCCCUCUCUCCUUGAUAAUGAUUCAACACUUACCACUGUUGUCCAGAUUUCAAAAGUACAGACUAAAUCCUGGGUAGGCUACGCCUUCCUCGAAUAGAUCCAAAAUUACCAGGAGAUAUUUAGGUUGGAGGAAGCUGGAAUUUUUUUAAUGUGUGAAUGUGCAAUUUUUCUAAUUUAAAAAAGGCUUAAACCUAUUAUGCAAUUGUUUUUACUUUGUUCAUAAACUCUGAUACAAAGGUCUGUUCGUAACAGAGGAGGCCUGUAAUACAUAAUGGGUUUCAGUCACACUUUAUAUUAAAGUUCCAUUUUAAAUGCUUUAUAAAGAGUUAAUAAACUAUUGCUAGACUUUACAAGUAUUUUUUCAGAUGUGGGUAUCAGUUGUAGCAUAUGGCUAACAAGCAGCUCAUUCAGAAGAAGGUGGUGUAGAUUAUCAAAAGUAACUUCAGAUACUUUGGGUUUUAAACCAAUUGAUUAACCUUUUGUUAUUACGGUUCAUUAAGUUUUAUAAAUGCAAUGGAAAUACAGCGUGUGACCCAGCUUUCUUUAGCCAUUAGUUCCUUCUUCCUAAGUCAAAGGUAACGUCAAAGGGAUCGGUGAAAGGAAGAUGCUGUACUUGGAGAGUUUUGUGUUGCUUAUUUCUUAAGAAGUCAAAUAGGCCAAGUGAAGUCUUCAGAGUCGUCCUUUCUAAAUUGCAAAACUGGUGAUGUGAGCAGUAUGACUUGAUACAGAAAGCAUUGAGGAGAGACGCUUAAUGUGGAUUUGCGCACGUUGGACUGCAGAUGAAAGCAGUCUGCUGAGGCAGUGCCGGUCCCUGUACACGUGGGCGUAUUCCGGGUAACCUACUCCUCGUGUGAUGAAUGUGUAGAUAUCGAAAAAUGCACAGCACAGAUCUGACAAAUACUGCCCUCUAACUCUCUCACUCUGCAAACAGCUACACUGGUGCUCAACUUCACCAAUAUGAAUAGUCUCCUUUGAAUUCAAGGAGACCGCUUGUUUUCAGAAACUUAACACAGCUGUCAAGAAAAAAUAUAAAUGUUUGUGGGAUCGAGGCCUGAGCCUUUAGCCAGUGUUUGUUCCCCUCAGGCUGCCUGACCUCACUCUUCCCAUGAGAGAACUGGUGAGAAUUUUUGCCUGAGGAGUAGAGGGAGGGAAGCCUGUGGCUUCUUCGGGCUGAAUCUGCUGUCCUCUGAAAUCUGGGGAUGGAAUCCCGUUAGUAACGGGGCCUUAAACCAGGUGCUUUGCAGACACACAAAACGCUUGCAGGCUGGACGGGAAGGUACGAGCUAGUAAGGGAGUACGGUCUUCAUAACACUGGGAAUGUUUUGCACAGGUAAAAGCCCGUAUUUUAAUAGAAACCACAAUAAUCUCAAAUAAACAUAGGUCCAGAGAAGCAAAAUAACUGAUGCUGAUUGUAGAUGGCUUUUCGGCUCAGUGUAUUUUAAGUCUCUGUCGGUGUAUUUGAAGAGUAUUUGUUUUAGGGGAUGGCAGCUUACGCAGAGGAUCACCAAACAGUAUAUAGCGUAGAAUUUAAAUUAUUUCAGUAACAGACACUAGUAUCUAUUUUAAUUUGCACAUUAAUUUCCAGUGUAUAUGACUAAAAUACUAUAUUGUUAAAAACCAGAGGAAAACAACACAAAGGUGUUUGUAAGUAUGUUCUGUUUGUAGAUUUAAGGCUGUAUUAUGUUGGAAUUUUACAAGCCAAGUUUAAAUUGUAAUAUAGAAAUUAUUUUUAUAUUAUUUUGAAAUAUGCUACAGAGCAAUAUUUUGCGCCUUUAUUAUAAACAGGGUCAUAAUUUUAGUAGGUUACCUUCAGAAAUGCUGGUAGAUAUUAACCAUGAAAAGAAAGCUUUGUAAAUGUACUUGUUGUUUCUAACUGCUCUGUCUGUUGUGCACAUCUGUACCUAAUGCCAGUUGAAUAUACAAAUUUUUUUUAAUUGAAAAGCUUUAAAUUUUUCUUUAUAUAUUUUGGUACAACACUAUCCCUCCCUAUUUAAUUCUACUCUUCCUUCCAGUCCCUACCAAUAGCUACUUUUAUAAGCAGCUUCUGAAUAAAAAUUCAUCUGGAGAGUUUUCUUACCAAACGAAACAUUUCCACACAGAUAUUGAUUGACUCGCACCAUUCAUAAGACACCCUGUAUCCGUCAGAGUACUUUACUUUAAAAAAAAAAAAAAACCCAGAGAUUUAUUAUUCCUUCAAAAUGAAAAUCAAGAAUUAAUAACCAAUGCAAUCAUUUAGCAUCUGUGGGAAGAAAAUCGCUCUAGAUCAUAGAAAUGUCAUCCUUUAAUUGGCUGAUACAUUGUGUCUUAAUGUAUAUCAAAUAUGCAUUAGCUUCUUGCAGAUUAAAGUGUUCAGAUUUAAUUUCUUCAUAGUUCUGUGUACUGUACAUAUCAAUUACUGAUGAACCAUGCAAAAAAGACCUUGCAAACUAAUGCAUAUGUUAAGUUAGGAGUCUGUGUAGUUUUUAAAAUUUCGUUAACUUCUGUGAUUUAGUUUGUUGGGGUGUGUUUGUUUGUUUGUUCCAGGAUUACUAUUAAGGUCUGUACUGCAACCAAAAUUUUCAAAUCUGGAUGCCUAAUGUUAAGAUUCUGCAUCUAGGUUUCUCCUAAUAAAUAGACUGGUUCUAAGAUGUACUGAGCAUCAAGUUCUGUGGGAGCAAAAGCUCUUUCUUUGUUUCAGAAAAUCCAGCGAGCGUUACUCCAACGCAUAUUCAGGUCUUUUCUUUAGUAGUCUACACUUCUCUUCAGUCAAUGGAAUUCACAUUUUCUCCUUAGUGAUCUUCCACAUGUGAACAAAUAAUUUGGCUUAUUCAUAAAGUGAUUGCUUGAAUAUGGAGAGACUUGCCUUGUACCAAAACACCGUAUUCACUCUGUGUUUGUUACAUUCUUAAUGGGGACUGGUGUAUGCCACUGAUUUUGGGGGGAUGAGAGACUUUUUUUCUUUCUUGGAUAUCAUGAUCACUCUGUUUUGUUUGGUUUUGUUUGUUUUUCCUCUCAAGUGAAUAUGCUGUUCCGAUUGCUGUUUUAUCUCCCAUUACCUGAAUGCACGUACUGUACCAAGAGAAUUGAAACGGCUGAUGCACAUUUGCACUGGGGAACAUGCGAUAUGGGUAAAAGCCACCAUGUUCCAAACAGCCUUAAAAUUAUGACUCUUUGGGGACUGAGAGUCACUUAACUGGAUGCAGCCUCUGUCCCACUUCCUCAUUUAACCAUGACUGUGACCCACUCUAGCCUGCUGUGAGGCUACCCCACUGCACGUGUAGUCAUCUGAAUAGCCUGGAAUCUUAAAGAAAUCUUUCUUUAAAAAAUUGUAAUUGUUUGAUCAGUGUCAGUGUGUCAGGAAACUUUUGUCAAAAGAGGAGGCAGGGUAAAACUAGAGAGACGGUGGUAGCUGCUGGAGUAACCACGGCACCAAAAUACUAAAGAGAGGUAAAACAGUUAAGAUGUAUCAGAAACUAUUUCCUGUCAAGAGUGGAAGUUUUGUAGAUCUUCCUGUAUUCUGGGGAAAUGGGGAAAUGUUGGUUUGCCGUUCAUCUCUGCAUCUAAUGUAGUCUCGUACUUUGCUGUAGAGUUUGCUAUUGAGGAAGAAGGGAGAGAAAAAGUUUUCUUCCCUUCUUAAACAAAGGAAAUUCUACUCGAGUGGCAGAAUCAUCUGAGAUUGCAAAAGUACGAUCCAGUGUUAGAACUACAGUGCCUAACUCCUGUGUGCCAGUUGUGCAUUUCAUUGUCAUUUUGCCCCUUCCCAAUGCUGUUUGUUGGGGUUUUGUUUUUUUUUUUAAAAAAAAAAAAGGAAGGGGGGAAGUGUAAAGCAUAAGCUUGUAUGACAGUGACCCAGUUCUUCCUUUGCUCACAUGCAAAAUCAAUAUAAACAUGAAAAUGGAGUUACACUGGAGUUGCACUUUCCCUCUCAUGCAAACUGAGAGGUAAACCCCACCUUUUAAGGUAAAUCCCGUGUAACUGCUUUGCCACAGAAUAAAAUUAGAACCCUUUGGCACAGAAGCUUUGCCCGGUGAAGCCUGACAGUACGUCGGGAGGCUGAGCGCCGUGGCCAACCUAGCCAAAACAGCCUUUAAAACAGAUUCGGUUCACUCUGGGCCGUGGGGUCUAAACAGUAUCUUUGCAGUAAAGAUGAAGUGGAACACAGCCUUGUUGUCAUUGCCUCCAGGUUUAAGUAACACAAAGACUCUUCCCCAUGCUUUUGGUUAAAAUGUGCAGGAGAUGUAGCAGCAAAACGUGGCAUCUCGGGCUGAGAGUGCCCUGCGUCUCCUUUGAAUGGGCUUGCAAUCAGGUAUGAAUUGAAACACAGCCAUGUGGGCGUGACAGAAGCGCUCUUGUCUCUAAACUUUGCAAAUUGUGUGCACUUAUGUUUUAAUACUAACGGAAAUUAAGCAAUGAUUUUAUUUUUUAUUUGCUCAAGAUUGAGUACUGUAAAUACUGUCUUUGUAUAAUGCACAAGGUGCGUGUACAGUACAAAUGCUUUUCCCUUGGAGCCGCUCCAGGAGCUUUGCAUGCACAUAUCAAUCUCUGUUCAUUCACCGUAAACCAAGGAGAACAAACAGGAUGUAAGCCUCGGUUAAAUAAUGAACGGAAUUAGCCACAUAGACCUAAGCAGCUAGGAGUUCCCAACACUAGUAUUCCAGGCCCGCUUUGACGGUUUUGUGCAAAACUCUCUCCCAGUGAUCUGGAUUAGGUGCGUGCUCUUUCCUGGGGAGGAGCAACUACUUCUGUGUCUUUUCCAAGCCCGUUGCUCUGCUAGCUCCUGGUUGCGUUUGUAACGUGCCAGUCUUACCAUGAUUCGGCUAUGAAGCAGUUUCUCAAAUGUAAAAUUCUGUUAUAAACUUUCGUAAUGCCUUGAAGUUGGCUGUUGUGUGGCAGAGAGACUUUGUUCUCCUUGGAAUUCCUCGUUCUUUCUCAUUGAUUCUUGUGACUAACAUUUUUGUAUGGCAAAAAUUGAAUGAAACAUUGAAAAUAUCAGUGCUGUUUACAUGUAUUUCUGCCAUUCAGUAUAUUUUACCUUUUUUUAUUACAGAAUCCUGUGUUGUUAAAACCCAAUGCCUCUCAGAUAAGGGCAAAUCUUGAAGGACAGUCUGAAUUAUUAUACACAAAAGGUGUAUCUAGCUAAUUCAUCAUAACUUUACUAUUACUAUUGUAUAAGAGUACAAUAGUACGCCUCCCCAAAUUGUACAUCUUUUUUGCUAUUGCUAACAUUUUCCCUUUCACGUUCUACUUCCUUAGACAAAUUCUAAAGCUCUUUGUCCUUAAAGCCUGUGAUAGAUUUUCCAGUAAAGAAGAUUUGGGUUUCUCAGUUCAGUUUGCAUACAGAGCGGCUUGUCUCCCCAAACAAGAAUUAAAAUAACAGAGACGUCACACCCUUAGUUUAUAGAAGUUCAUUUACUCGUUAACCGAGGGUCUCUGUUCAAGUAUAACCAAAGCUAAUUAUAUAAAGUUUAAAAAAAUCAGGACAGGUAAUGUGACUCUUUCUAAUAACCUAGCAAACUCAGCAUUUUUAAAACCGUAGAAAUGUACAAUAAAUGUAUUUGUACUUGAAGUCCGUAUUUCAAAGAAAUACAGUAGUUGGCUCUCACCGGGGCUCAAGUAAAUGUUAAUAAGGAAUAAAGCAAGUCUCACUGAUUUUUGUUGGCUAAGAAUUCAACUUCUUGGUAGUCAUACCAUCCUCCUCAUUUUUCAGAGUCUGAGUUUGAGUUUCUUGUUGUGUUCUAUAAAUUUAUACUAUUUUAGCAAAAAUUAAUUUAGGAAUUAAACAAUAUAAUAGAUAUAUCAGAAAUUUAUUUAAAACUGGAGUGACUUUUCAAGUUUCUCUGUAUUUGACCAUUUUCAUGGAAAACUUUUAUCCCGUAUGAAAGGAGUGAAUUUAUCUUUUCCCAUUCCCUUCCCUGUUCAUUAUUUAAGGACGCGAUUGGUUGUAGUCACUUUUGUCUGCAAACAAAACAGUCGAUCAUAUUUAAGCUUACUGCCAUAUCACGUUUAAAUCCAUCAUUCAAAAGAAACAGGAGCAUUAAUUACCGUUAAAGGAUAAUGAGUAUUUUUUGUUGUGAAAAGUGUGAGUUCUUGAGAACCUUUUCUACAUGCAGUUUCCAUUCAAAUUCAAUUUAAAUGUCAUUUUUAAUCUGAUCCAUACUUUGACAAAGAUGAUGUGUAAGAGCUGUUUUUAGCAGUGGGAUUGUUACUUUGUAAAGUAUUAAAGCACUAAACCAAUUUUUGCAAUAGGUAGUAAAACUUGCUUUUGUUUUGAAAAACUUCCAGUUAUAACUGUCGCACUUUUUAUAGCAGAACUGUAUUUAAUUUCUUUCUUUUAUGAAAGAUUAUUCAAAGUAACUGAUAGCUCUGUAAUCUGUGUGAAUUGGCUUCUCCAUUAUUUGAAACGGAGAGAAGCUAUAAUGCCUAUUCAAUAAAAUUAACUUAUUUCUAAA